AGGCUCGCUCCUGCGGCGCAGAGAUCCAGAGCCACCUGCUGCACCAGAGGCGCGGUACUGACCGAGCAGCUCACCGACUGUCCUGUUUCCUCCUCCGGUCAUGUCUCCGUCGGUGCGGCCCACCACCACGGUCCGCCUGGUGUUCCUCGGGGCAGCUGGGGUCGGGAAGAGCGCGCUCAUCUGCCGUUUCCUGCACGACCGCUUCGAGCACAAGUACACGCGCACUGUGGAGGAGCUCCACGCGCUGGAGUUCGACACCAUCGGCGAUGCCGGGAUUCGCCUCGAGGUUCUGGACACAAGCGGCAGCUACUCCUUCCCGGCCAUGCGGGAGCUCUGCAUCCGACACGGCGACGCGUUCGCGCUCGUGUACGCCGUGGACGACCCGGGCUCGCUCGAGGAGGUGCGGCGGCUGCGCGACGAGAUCCUGGAGCUGAGGGGCGGCAAGGGCGCGCCCAUCACCGUGGUCGGCAGCAAGGCAGACCUGACUGAAGCCGAUGGUCGCGCGCUGCUGGCGGCAGAUGUCAUGGCAACAGUAGAGACGGAGUGGGACGCCAACUUCGUGGAGGCGUCCGCGCGCACCGGAGACAACACAGUCGGGGUGUUCCGCACGCUCCUGCAACAGGUGAGCUUGCCGCACCGGUUGAGUCCCGUGAUGAGGAGGCGGAGAGAGACGCUGCCCAGACAGACGAGGAAGAAGAGGCCGCCGCUGAAGAAGAACAACAGCUGCACACUGUCAUAGACACUGUCACCGUCUUACUGUGUGAGUGGACAGUGCAGCUGGUCUGCGUGUCACGCUCAGGUGUCGCCGGUCAGCGCAGAACCUGCUCUGUCCAGAGGAGGGACGACAGGGAGAAGACUGAGUCCACACAAAAGAAACUCUGGAUCCUCUCACCUUGGUGACAUCAACCUCAAACUGAGCUGUCAGCCACAUGGUGUAAUGGGACUCUCCGUAUCUGUGCAGGGGAUAACACAGAUGUAUCAUAAGCACUGUUAUUGUGGAUGUGCACAUGCAGUUGUUUCUAUGUUGGUUUUCCAAUAAAACAAUGAUGACCA